CUGCCUCUCGAGAGUUUGCGAGCAGAGAGUCAAAAAGUCAUGGCCGGUGAGUUUAGCAUUUUGUUCGCACGCUUUUUCGCGGCACACACGCGGCCACUUGGACUACACGAGUGUCUGUAGCCUUUACCGGAGCUCCUCGUGGGCUAGUGAGGGUCUUUUGGUGGUCUCGGUCCGCGAGUGUGCCGGUAAUGGCGUGGGGCGGCGGAAGUUCGUUCAGUUUCGGGUCAGUUUAUCGAUAUCUUUCCUCGUCCAUCGCCGCAGAGUUGAAAUUAGACCUGUCCAGAGUGGACCAAGUCAUCACUGCGUCCAACGCUGAGGUGGACGGAGGAGGAGGAGGAGGAGAAGGAGGAGGGGACAUGGGCGGAGAGGAUGGGGGUGUGGACUCCUUCACCGACAUGUACGACAACCUGCUUCCUCUGGAAAAAUUGGAGCGAUACUUUCAGAGCGAGGAUGUAUUGGACAGGGAGAUGGCGGUGCGGUGCAUCCCCGAGGCGUUGGAAGCGGCGACAUCGCACUCUGAGUACCAGUUUAUCCUGGAGAUAUCAAUGACCCUUGCAAAUGACCACGAGCCGACCAUAAGGAUGCUGAUUCUGGACACAGUGGCCGUGCUGCUGGAGCACCACUCCAGACUCUGCCUCACCAGUGACUUGGAGAACGGGAUGGAGAACAAGGAGAGGCUGUUUGACGUGCCCAUCAGGAUGGUCUCAGACAUCAACCAACAGGUGAGGAGAAUCAGUCAGACCUGUGUCGUUUCUCUUCUUGAAGAUGACACCAAGAACAAAGAUGUUCUCAUCAACCAGUUGGUGCCAGAGAUGGAGCGAUGCCUCAGUAGAGACGAACACUACGACCUCAGAAUGGACAUGUCUCUGGUCCAGGUGGGACUCCCGGGCGUCUCUCUCUCUCUCUCUCUCUCUCUCUCUCUCUCCAAGUUGCUGAGUCGAUUGGCCCCACUCCUGGGUCGAGAGGUUCUUGUGAGAAAGUUUGUUCCUCUCUUCCCGUCCCUCGGGAGAGACGCCAUGUUUCAUGUCCGCAAGGCAUUCGCGAUGGGCUGCAGAGACAUCUGCCCUGUACUGGGAGAAGAUUUGACGGAACAACACAUACUUCAGCCGUUCUGUGAUCUUUGUCACGACGACGUGUGGGGUGUGAGAAAGGCGUGUGCUGACGUGUUUGCGGACGUCGCGAUAUACUGCAACUUGGGCACCCGACACGACAGAUUAACCCCUACCUUCCUCCGCCUACUCCAGGACGACUCUCGAUGGGUGCGAAGAGCAGCUUUUGAACACCUGGGUUCGUUCAUCGCCACAUUCUACGUUUCCCUCCUCGGUAGCGAAGGCGAACAGUCGUCCAUCAACCCAUUCAGCGACUCGAUUCUUCUGGACAACUCCCUCCUCCCCGCACACGAAGAAGACGGGAUAUGGGUGGGCGAGGCCGAAGACGAUGAGACCCCGCCCAUCACCCGAAGUGAGAGAGGGGCGUCUGAUUCCGGUACCAGAACGGGGGAAUCGGGAAUGGGGAAUGUUCCGUGGGAUAAAGAGGAGGAAGAACCGUUUUUCUUGUUCAUGGACGCGCCAAUUUCGGGGGGAAGGAAGGAGGGCAAGGAGAGAGGUGGGAAGGACAGUGCGGUGGAGGAGAGAGAUGGGGGGAAAAGGAGGAGGGUGUGGAAAAAGGAGAGGUUUUAGCUCUAGAACUAAACACCGCAAGUGACUCGCCGAAGAACGAAGGCUCACCAACACCCGUGGAAAGAUUGACAGAGGAAAAUGUCUCGUCGUCUGGAGAAGAAGAAUCACUGGAGAAUGAGAGAGUCUCAUCGCAGCCAGUGGAGAGACUGGAGCUGGAUCUGAGGAGAGAGGGGGCUCUAAUUGGAGUGGACGGCCCGGGGAGCAACACAGAGGUGGUGGAGAAAGUCGUGGAAGGGGCUGGAGAGGUUAACGCAGCUGAAUCAGAGGGGCAUGUGGGUGAGGGGGAGACAUGCGAAGAACGAGUGGAGAAGAAACCGGAAGUUGACGAAGAAGAAAGAGAAGGUGUGCUUCUAUUAGAACAAUCUCAAGACGAGGAAGGCAAUGGGAAUGAAGAAGAGAUUGAGACAAGGACUGAUGAAGCAGAGGUCGAACAUUCUUCAACUGAGGGUGACGGUGGGGCAAAUGAUAAGGAAGAGAAGGAAGGAGGUGGGAACGAUGAAGGAGAAGGAGAGAGGGAGGAAAAUAAGGAAGAAGAGGGGAAAGAGGAGGAGGCCGAAAUACAAACGGUGGAAGGAGAGGAAGAGGAGAAGGAGCAGAGGGAGGUGGAUUCAGAGCCCCCCAAACAGUCUACAGUAGCAGCUGAAGAAGAGAACUCGACUGGUGAGAAUAAUGAGGCCCCGACAGGCCAGGAAGAAGCUGAGAAUGAGUGCUCAACUGGUGAGAAGGAGGGGAUGUGGAGUGAGGGAGGGAGGAUGUGCGGAGGAGGAGGGAGAGAUUAGCGGCCCAACCUCAUGUUGACUACAGUGGUGGAGUUGGGGAGGGUGAGGAUGAGGUGCCUAGCAGUGAGACCAACGGCAGUAGUGACGGUGAAACUGGGCCAGAUGUCAGUUCUGGUCAGGGGCAGGGAAGAAGAGAAGAAGAUGGAGGAGGAAGAGAAGAAGAAGGAGAGGGAGGAAGAGAAGGAGAGGGAGGAGAGAGAGGAGGAAGAGAGGAGAAGGAGAGGGAGGAAGAGAAGAAGAUGGAGGAGGAAGAGAAGGGGAGGAGUCCAUACCAGAACUCCACGAGGAGGGGGAAACACAGAAGGGCUGGGGGCAGAGUGCAGAGGACACACCUACUCAGAACAAAUUUCCACCGAUUCGUGUCUUGGUCCAUACCACGGCAGGCCAAGUGAUGGAGCCGACGUGCGACGACGCGCACACUACCGCACCUCACAAUCGGACCGGUCACCACGACAACAGCGUUUCCAUGGAGAUCACCCUGGCAACCACCCCCGACUCUAGUCUAAAUACGACAAUGAUUGAUUCCUUUGCCGAUGAGAUGCCGUCCCAGGAGAUCGUCCCCGAUGAGCUGAUGGAUCUCUAUCUGAGCAUGACCGACUCCAGCAAGUCGCAGACUGUGGACAGCGACCUUCCCUACUACUGCGCCUUCUGUCUCCCGGGGGUCGUCCUCACCCUGGGGGCCAAAAAUUGGCCCCUCCUCCGAACAACCUUCCUCACUCUUAGCGGAGACAUGCAGUGGAAGAUACGUCGAGUGCUGGCCUUCUCCCUGCACGAGCUGGCGAGGAUCCUGGGCACCCACACGACGGUCACAGACCUCUACUCCACGUUUGAGGAGUACUGCACCAAGGACGUGGACGAUGUAAAGAUAGGCGUCCUCUCGCAUCUCACUGAGUUUAUAGAGGUCCUACCCAUCUCACUACGACGCUCUUGUCUUCCCGACAUUCUGAAAGGACUACGAGACGUCGAAAACCCCAAAAACUGGAGACACAAACACAUGCUAGUCGAGCAGUUGGUGACUCUCUGUGAUCUGUAUGACGCUGACUACCUACACUCACACAUUUACCCAGUGGCUAAAGAGCUCAUGAAGGACAGAGUACACGAAGUGCGACAGUCGGCUACACAACUGCUUGGGAUGGUUCUUCAGAGACUGACUCAGAUCACUCCCGACGGCUACCUCCCGGUCCUGAGGGACAUGAGGACCGAAUACGCCUCUCACAAAUGGUGGAACUUCCGACAGCUCUACAUAUCCCAGUGCCGGAGGUUCGUGGUGGAACAGUGUAUAUCGAGCGAAGUGUUUGUCUCCGAAUGUCUUCCCAAUCUCCUCCCCCUUGUAGCCGACAAGGUCCCCAAUGUCAGAUUAGCUCUAGCCAGGGCUGUCAGGGACAUUCUCACAUAUAAAGACUACUUUCAGACGGACAAAGAACAAACAGUGGAGCAGCUGGAGUCAAUCCUGCACACCCUCCGCUCCGACACCGAUCGCGACGUCAUCUACUUUGCGGGCGGAGACGUCUCCUCGUUCGUGAGACCACACCCACUGGGCGGAGACCUCCGGUAUCGGUCCCUGUCCCAGGCCAGCGAGGACCUGUACCACGACGCCGUGGAGACGUUGGAUGGUGGGAGACCACGGGAGGAGCAUGAGGCCUGGCUUCGCAGCUGGGAGGAAGCCCUCUCAGGACCAACUCUACAGAUGACAGGAGAAAUUAGAUAAUUCGUUAAUCCAUUUUACAAGCUGCCCGGUCUCUCUCUCUCUCUGAAAUAUAUCCUUUUUCAGUUUACAAGCAACUCUCUUUUCACUUUUCAAUUCUACUUUUUGUUUCUUUUGCUCUCUUUCUUUCCUUUUGGCUAAUAUUAUUAUUAUUAGACGAGUGUAAUAUAUAUUUAUCAAUAUUAAUUUAUUUGGGACUUGCUGUGCAGAAUGUGGCAUUUUGAAAGCUUAAAUGGAGACUAAAAGUUCAUUCUUACACUGCCACAUAAUUGUCGCGACAUACAGGGAAGUGAUUGGAAGUGUGCGACGUGUGUUUUCUUGGUGUACUUUUGGCGAAAAUGCUAUCACCGUGGAAACGGCAUUGAUAGUGUCACCACGGUGCCGUAAUUGGAUUUGGGGGGUAAACACGGCGUGCGAGAUGCCAUUUCGUAAUAGUUGUAAGUAAGAGGGGAAAGUGUGUCUCAAAUAAUGUCUUUGCUGGGAAC